AUGGGCCAUAAUCCGACCUUACAAGUAAACAGAAUCUCCAAGUGCCAGAAAAUGGAAAUGGCAAUGGAAAGCAUUAGGAGGACGCAGAAACUGGGAGAAAAACCCUGGAUAAAAUACAGUAAGGUGCCGAGCAAAGUGUUCGACAAGGAAAAGGUGAAUGUGUUUAUGAAAUUGUGCCUGGCCACGAAAAAGAGUGUGACUCCACGGAAUAGCACAACUAGGCAGGCCCCUCUUGAAAAUGUAAACUACAACAAGCAGCUCGAGGAGCUGGACAUACUGGUGGAUAUCAUUAAAAAAACUGGGAACGUUGGCAGGUCUGAGGACCACAGGCCCCUGGUACACGUGCCGCUGCCCAGAGAAUUCUACGAACUGAAGCCGCUGGUGCCGUUCAAGUCGAUUGCAAAGAAGCCCAAGAAACGGUCGCCCGGGUCUCUUCAUGACGUUGCACAGGACCUGGGCUCUCGGUACAUUUUUACGGACAUGUCCACUGGGCAGGUUUACGGUGAGUCCAAAAGACUUCACACGGACUUAGGGCCUUCAGCCAAAGCAUACACGCAGGAUUACCUGAAGCUUGUGACUAGGAAACGGGAGGAGACGAGGGUCGACAAGUCGACCUCCAUUAGUUCUAGGCAGAAAGAUAGGCUUGACAAGUCGACCUCCAUUAGUUCUAGACCAAGGGAAAGAUUUGACAAGUCGACAUCGAUUAGUUCGAGAGUGGGAACUAAAGUGGAUAAAUCUACUCUUACUAGAGCUGUCUCUCUGAAUAUCCCUGAGAAGGAGGAAUCCGGUGAUGAUGGAGACACAGUGGCCAUCAAAUAUGACUUAAGGUCGGAGGAUACAGUGGUAGUGCUCACUCCACAGAGGGUUCUUGAGAAGGUUGAAAAGGUAAAUCUGCAGUCGGAAAGAGGCAUCUUGAGAGAAAUGUCAACUAUAUCGAGUAACCCCUUCGAGAAUCACCUGAGUACAUACCCAUCCUUCGAUAGCGUCCAAUUGGCCGAAGUGCAGCCUAAUGCAGUGGAUGCAGCUGAUUUGUACCUUAUCGAUAACUCCUGGGCAGUCCUGGGCCCAGUCACAGAACAACUUAAAGGCACAGGACACGUUAAGGAUAAACGCCCAUCGAGAAAAGAAAAGGAAAGGGAAACAGUAGAGCCGCCGACUCAAGGCCAUCAAGUUGAAGUUCUUGUGGAGCAAACGAAGACUGAGUCUAAAUCAGGUGGCCAUACGGAGAAAAAUGUUGCCUCACUUAACAGAUACGACGAUGAAGUGGAAACUAAGCGCUACAAUACGGUAGAAGAUGAGUCAGUGGAAGCAAUACCACAUGAAUUACUAGAAAUUAAGCCAGAAAAUAAAGAAUCAGCAUCCAAAGUGGAAUACAAAGAGGAGCAUGAGUCGAAAACGGCAGUUAACGAUGUUGAGAAACAUGAGACGAAGUCCCGUGAUGAGGCAGGAUCUGAAGAGCGUGAAUUUGAUGAACAUGAGGUAGAUGAGUCCAAGGAGUCCAAAGCAAAGGUGACAUACGUUGACGAAGUUCCCGAAUUGAACUUGGAGAGCACCAAGUUCUACAAUGAGAAGCACCUGGAAGAAGAGGGGCGUAAAGAAGUGGACAAACAAGACGGAGACCUGGAGCCGCAGGACCAAUUAAACAAAACUGAAUCGGAGGUGUUUGAUGUGAUGGAGAGCGACCACAGGCAGAUUGGAGAUAAAGUAGCAGAGUCAGUCCAGGACUCAGUUGAUCGUCAACCCCUUUUACAACAUGAACAAUUUGAAGAUCGUCAGACGAGUUUACAAGAGCACCUCACAGAACAGUCAGUUACAAAAUCGGAUGAACAACCUGGUGAAAAACUCGCCCAAGAGCCUGUUACAAAAUUGGACCAACAGACCAGUGAAAAGUCGGAUGAACAGUCAGUUACAAAAUUGGAUGAACAGUCAGUUACAAAAUUGGAUGAACAAUCUGUUACAAAAUUGGACGAGCAGCCUGGUGCGCAGGAAUCUGAGCAGCAGGAGGGCGUGCAGUCGGAUGAACUACCCGAACUGCCGCUGGCAAUCGCCGACAGGCCCAGACGCAGGAGGGCCAGGUCCCACAAGCGAAGCAAGAAGAGCCUACCGGGCGUGCAGCUGAGCGACUACAAGGGCUUCUACGUAGUCCACGCCACCAACGACUGGUCACUCUCCUAA